GCUGCUGACCAAGACAGAGGUUGGAAGAAGCAAAGGCCACAGCAGAUGGAGAGUGAGCAGGUCUGGAGAAUGCUCACACCACCAGCCAGGGAUGUGCAGGCAGGACAUGGGAACAGAAAGAGGCCAGCCAGCUUGGGAACCUGGCCACCCGGGUCAGCAAGGAGCCCCAGGGUGCAGCCUGUAAACACUGGGAAGUGGUUAGGAAGAAGCUGGCGAUUUCAAAGGUGUGCUAUGGGAGGGGCAGUGGAAGAAGAUAGAGACUUAGGGGAGUGGGGCUCGCUAAGCCCCAGAACCAGAGGGGAACCAUACCCACAGCUUCCACUAAGCCACCUACCUACAGGCCAGGGAGCCCCAGCAGGAACAGAAAAGGCACCACGCCCAUGUCCAUGGCCCUGCCUGAGGGCCCGGCAGAUGGAAGCCUUCCUGAAGGGGACUCCAGCCCAUCCACAGACACUCCAGGACCCAGCCAGGACCUCGCCAGCCCUAUUGCCCGCAGGCGGGCCCUCCUCCGUGAGCUGGAGGCCCAGGUGCAGGCUGCCUAUGGACAGGACCGGGAGCUGAGACCAGAGGAGAUUGAAGAGCUGCAGGUCGCCUUCCAGGAGUUUGACCGAGACCGGGAUGGCUACAUCGGGUACCGGGAGCUGGGUGCCUGCAUGCGGACGCUGGGCUAUAUGCCCACGGAGAUGGAGCUCAUUGAGAUAUCACAGCAAAUCAGUGGUGGGAAGGUGGAUUUUGAAGAUUUUGUGGAGCUGAUGGGCCCCAAGCUGCUGGCAGAGACUGCAGACAUGAUUGGCGUGAGGGAGCUUCGAGACGCCUUCCGGGAGUUUGAUACCAACGGAGAUGGUUGUAUUAGCGUUGGGGAGCUCCGGGCAGCCCUCAAGGCUCUGCUGGGGGAACGCCUCAGCCAGAGGGAGGUAGAUGAGAUACUCCAAGACAUCGAUCUCAAUGGAGAUGGUUUGGUUGACUUUGAAGAAUUUGUUCGGAUGAUGUCUCGAUGAGCCUCUAUAGAAAGAAGCUGGAGUGGACCAGCACAGAGGACCACAGCCUCUGAACCGCAGAGGAUCCAAUGUGUUCCUUGAAACUCAUUAUGUACAGGACUGUGUGACUCCUCCCCAUCCCUGCCUGGACACAGUGCCCUCUCCUGUCGUCACCCCUUACCUCUCCCUAGCUCUCUGACAAUAAAGCAUAUUCCAGCUUGUG